AUGUCUGUAUUAAUGGUCAAGUAUUAUCUUGCUUCUACCGUAGCGUUAAUUUUAUUGCUACACAAGGUCAAUGGUGAGCUUUAUGCGGGCAUUAUUAAUACAGCUAAUCCAAUAGAUGCCUGCUCCACAAUUCGUCCGCCGCCUUAUAAUUCAUCUAAAUUAAAUUGGUUUGUGGUCAUUAGGCGUGGCGGAUGUGAUUUUUCUGUCAAAGUUUAUACGGCCCAACAGGCUGGAUACGCUGCCGCUAUCGUAUAUAAUAAUGGUGGAUCCAAUGAAAUAACACGAAUGGAAGGUGGACCAGACUUCGCAGUCGUUCAGAUACCUUCAAUUUUUGUCGGCGAAGAAACUGGAUUUGCUCUGCGAGAGUCUUUCUUUUAUGCCACGGGGUACCUUAAUUUAUUCACUAAUCGAAAUAAAAGAGAAGCAAAUAUUAAUCCAGAGAUUCAGGCAUUUAUUUUGAAUUGUCUAUUUCUAAUUUUUGUCACUAGAGCGACAAUAGUUUUGGCUAGAACGUUUCCAUCAUUAUGGACUUUUUACUGCUUACCUUUUGUAAUGAUUGGAGUAAUUUGUAUUCUGAUGCUAUUAGGACUGGCAAUCAGUGGUUUACAUAUGAUGGUUCAGAAGCAUCGAGAUCGAAACAGGCUUCGUCGACGCGUCGAUUCUUUACCAACUAAAAAGUUUAAGAAAGGUCGAGACGAUCAAAUUUACGAUGUUUGUGCUGUUUGCUUGGAAGAUUAUGAAGAUAAUGAUAAGCUGAGACUUUUGCCUUGCAAUCAUGCUUUCCAUGCUCGAUGUAUUGAUCCUUGGAUAUUAGGCCAAGAUAAAAGCACUUGUCCCUUGUGCAAGCAGCCUAUUAACAAGAAAGCGGAACAAACAGAUUGUGAAUGCAAUCGUACAGAGGAAGAAACAGAACCUAACCAAUAUGCAGCAUCAGCAAUUACAAAUCACGAGGACGCGGAAGCGGCACUGGGAGCCACUGGCACUUCUGAAUCGACACCGCUAAUGUUGUAUAAUCUACAACCUGAACCAACUCUUUCUGACUCUCCAAAAUAA